GAGCAUGCGCAGUGUGUGGCCCGUGUCCUCGGUGUGUGCUGGGACUCGGCUCGGACUCGGGGCUCAGUUUGGGUUUAGUUUUGUUUUGUUGUGUCCGGUUCCGUUAACGUCCGCGAUGGCCGGGACGGCGCUCAAACGGCUCAUGGCGGAGUACAAACAGUUGACCCUGAACCCACCUGAAGGCAUCGUUGCAGGUCCAGCCAAUGAGGAGAACUUCUUUGAAUGGGAGGCUCUGAUCAUGGGUCCUCAAGACACGUGUUUCGAAGGUGGUGUGUUUCCUGCUGUCCUGAGUUUUCCAUCUGAUUAUCCGCUGAGUCCACCCAAGAUGAGGUUCACCUGUGACAUGUUCCACCCCAAUAUCUAUCCCGAUGGGCGUGUCUGUAUCUCCAUCCUCCAUGCUCCAGGUGACGACCCAAUGGGCUACGAGAGCAGCGCUGAGAGGUGGAGUCCAGUCCAGAGCGUCGAGAAGAUCCUGCUGUCUGUGGUCAGCAUGUUGGCAGAGCCAAAUGAUGAAAGUGGAGCGAACGUCGAUGCGUCAAAGAUGUGGCGUGAGGACAGAGAACAGUUCUACAGACUGGCUCAGAACAUCGUACGCAAGUCUCUGGGCCUGUAGAGAUGAUGUCAUCGCCCUGCGACAGUUCCCUGCCUCUGUGUGUGUGUGUUUUUGUGUUACACAGACUUCACCUCCUUCUCAUCAGCUGACUAUCUGCCUGGUUGCCAUGGAAACACACACACACACAGAGCUCCUGAGACAGACUGAUGUAUAAACUGAUGAACAGACAAACGGAGGAGGAGGAGGAGGAGUUAAACAUGUGUGACAGGUUUAUAACGAACCCAUGUAAACAACGCUUCUCACUGUAGAUGAACGAGAAUUAUUUUUGUGGACGAUCAGAAAGAAAAUUACAUUUAGUUUUGAUUUUGUUUAAAGCCCUGAUGUGACGUCAGGGAACGUAGAUGACGAAGUAACCUGUUUAAGAUGUAAAUAAAGAAUAAAAUGAAAAUACAGACGAUCAGCCCCGUGUCCAGAAGUAUGUGGACUCCAUGGUUCAUCUGUAGAAUCUGUAGCCCCUUCCCCACAAACAGAAACUUUUAUUGAUUUACCCGGUAAAAGAAUCCCUGGUAAUCUGUGUCUUUUGUGUUUCCAUCUCAAAGUUCAGUACAUUUAUUUAAAUUAGU